AUGAAGUUCACUUGGGUUACAACACUCCUUCUACUCUCCAGGGCGACAUCCCUGACCAUUCCUCAAACAGAGUCUACUGAUCUUAUUGAACAUGACCCCCUGGACUCCCUGCAUUUUGAGGACUCAAAUAUUAUAACACUUGAGAAGCGGCGUGGUGGUGGUGGAGGCCGAGGCGGUGGUGGUUCAUCCGGAGGAAGCAGUGGAGGCCGCACUGGAUCUUCUGGAUCUUCUGGUUCAUCCGGUUCAAGUGGUAGCGGAGGUCGCACUGGUUCUUCCGGUUCCUCCGGUUCAAGCAGCGGAGGCCGUACCGGUUCUUCUGGUUCUAGCGGAGGUAGUCGAAGUGGUUCAAGCAAUGUUGGUGGUACAACCAGUGGCGGCUCUGGCACUCGAGCAACAUAUGGUGGAGGUAACUACUAUGCUGGUGGUGGUCGAACCCCCUACAAGUCUGGCUCCCGAUCCCGUGGAGGUAUCGCCCCCUAUGUGCUCGGUGGAGCCGCACUGGGCGUCUUCCCUGGUCUUUGGUUGUACAGCGCCUACGCCUAUCCUUACAGCCACCACUACAACUAUUACAACGACAAUGCCCGCAAGAACGAGUCGCUCCCCGUUGUCUGUGUGUGCCAAGAGUACUCCGAGUGUGGUUGCGACAACAACAAUAAUCGCACCUAUUACGAGUCUCUCUUUAACGGCACCGUGCCUAAGAAUUCCAGUAUUGUACGCGUGGCCGAUGUGAAUGGCACUCAGACCAUCUACAUCAAUGGCACCUUGCCCAACGGUACCACUGCCGAUGAUGGAAGCUCGACUAGUUCUUCCUCAGCAUCCGGGCCUGUCGCAAUGGUCCUACAUGCUAGCGGGUACUGGGUGACUAUUGCCGUGGUAGCGGCCGCCGUUUGGGGAUUCUAA